GUUCAAAGGAUUCUAAGCAUCGGUUGUGCCUACUUCGCUUCUUCCCUGCCCCCCGCUGCAAGCACGCGUGGAGCUCGUCCUUCGGUGCAGCUUGUUGUCGCAGCCAUGUGGGCAUCGAAUGCCACAGUGGCGCUCGUCGCUUGCCCGAACCGCGCUACAUGCGCCUGCACCUCUGCUCCUUCCGUUUCGUUAUUCUCGCAGUCGAAUUCUUACUCCUCUCUCGAGUCUUUGAUUGUUAGGCGCGCCUCAUGGAACGGACGGAGUGCGAGGUUAGUGUGCUGUGUGGCGAGUGCAGAUUUGGAGACGAGUGGGACGGGGUUUAUAGAGGAGGAGGAGGAGUUUGCCAAGGUCGAUCCGAGAAAUGCAGCCUGGCAGAAAGCUCAGGAGACAAUGGAAAGCGGAAGCAUUCACCGAGGUGUUGUGGAUGCUUGUAACAGUGGCGGGUUGGUGGUGCUCUUUGGCCCCCUUCAAGGGUUUUUACCUUUCUCACAGAUGGAUCAGGGCCGCCUGCUUAGAGAUAGCAGUAGAUCUCUCUCCGAGUUUGCUGAGGAGUUGGUUGGCGAUUUCAUCUCUGUUAAGAUUAUAGAGGCGAAUGAAACUACACGACGAUUGAUCUUUUCGGAGAAACAGGCAGUGUUGGAAGCAAACUUGCGCCUACUUGAGGAAGGUUUGGUUUAUGAAGGCAAGGUCAAUUCUGUAACUGAUUUUGGCGCCUUUGUUGACGUCGUACUGCCAGAUGGGACAUCUUCGGUUCGUGGACUCGUACGUACUUCAGAGCUUUCUUGGAAUCCUGUUCGUAAUCCCCGCGAUAUUUGUGAAAUAGGGCAGUCGGUUCGUGUCAAGAUUUUACAACUGGACAAGGAAAAAUCGCAUUUAUAUCUAUCUAUCAAACAGCUGCAGGAUGAUCCUCGUCUAGAAACCCCUGAUAAAUCGAUGCCUGUGCAGAGUCAAAAUACACAGGAGCCAAAGGAGCAAGGUGCUACGCUCUCCAGAACAUCGUUGCCAGGGCUGCAGCAGAUUUGUGAGGAACUGCUUAACGAGGAAGGGAUAACGGGCUUUACAUUGGGUAGAGCCAGGUUCGAGAAACGCGCAGUUUCACAAGAUAUGGAGUUGUGGUUAGCUAAUGCACCUGUUGAGGAUGGGAAGUUCAGCAUUUUGGCCCGUGUAGGAAGACAGGUGCAGGAAAUACAAUUGAACUCAAAUCUCGACCGGGAAGGAAUCAAGGUAGCAGUGCAGCGCGUGGCAGGGAGAUUUCCUUAGACUUUGGUUUGGAGUCACAGCAAUUGCAGUGUAUGAUUCAAAUCUUAAACCUGGAUUGCAACACGUGUUAUUUUUAGCACACUGUACUACUGUAGAGCCUUUGUUCACCUGUAUUCUACCUGGAAUUGCACAAAAUCCUAAGGAUCGUGAGAUUUAUCAAUUUGAGUUGCAAGUGAGAUUUGUGUCUUGAGGAUAGUUCUCCCGAUGGAGUAUAGGUGUUGACAGACUUUUCAGCUGAAGCUUGAAAUAGUCAAGUUGAUGACUUGGUUAGCCUAUGUUCGAUAUUCUGAGUGAGACGACAUCAAGUCCCGAAUACCUUAUGUAAGAUGUAUCAGGGCAACAGAUCACACUUUGAUCAUUUGAAUCAAGUCUUCUGGAUAGAUCAAUGAAGGUGGGUCAUAUGAUUACAUUA